AUGCGCCACCACUCGUCGCCCGAGAUCUCGUCCGAGGUCAUGGCGUCGGCGCUGGAGCUCACGGAGGCGUCGCUCUGGGCGAAGAUGGCGGAGGACGAGAAGGUCUACGUGGAGCCCACGUUCGAGCUCUAUCGCUGCUACCCGCCCGACACGACACUGCCCAAGUACUUUGUCAAGGCGUGGCUGCCGUACGCCGCCGACACGCUCUUCAACGUCCUCGCCGACAUCCCGUACCGCAAGACGUGGGACGCGUCCGUGAAGCAGGCGUACGUCGUCGACCAGUCGCCGCGCGACUGCAUGCUCGACGUCGUCUAUUGGUGCAUCAAGAUGCCAUGGCCCUUCUCGAACCGCGACUACGUCUACCAUCGGCGCGUCGCGUACCUCGAGAACGCGUUCGUGCUUGUCGCCCACGCCGGCUUGCACAAGGACGCGCCCGAAGUCAACCACACGAUCCGCGUCGAAGCGUUCGCAUCGCGCAUCGUGAUUCGUUCGUCCGGCGUCAACGGCUGCGACGUGUACGUCGAGUACUGCGACGAGUCCAACUACAGCGUGCCCAAUACGCUCAUCAACUGGGGCCUCCAAACCGGCCUCUCUUCGUACCUCAACGACCUCAAGAUGGCCUGCGCCAACUACGCGGCGUAUACGCGCAGCCUCAGCGACGACGCGGUCCAGGAGAUUCCGUCCCAGCUCGUGCGAUUGCGCUCGGAGCGAAAGAAAUCGAUGCGGCGCCCGUCCCUGCGGCAUGCGCGGUCGUACUCGGUCGACGAGCCCGACCCGACACUCUUUCCGCCGUCGCCGACGCACCGCCGCGUGUCGCCCACGAGUCGCAGCGCGCGGUCGCUCUCGGCGUUUGCAUUGCCAAAUGUCGACGCCUCGACCUUCUUUCUGGACUUCGCGCAGGACCACACGGGUCUCCGGCUCGAGACAGACGUGUUUUCCAAGCUCGUCGUUGUCCUCGGGUGCGACCCCGGCACCGAGGCCGCCAAGUCGAUGGCGGCGCUUCCCCGCGGCACGAUCGUCGUGUCGCUCAACGCAGUGUCGGUCCAAGGGCAGAGCUUAAAGGAGAUCAUCGACCGCAUCCGCCGGGCACCGCGACCCCUUGUCAUUGGCUUUCAGCUCGUCCACGAUGAUAUUGUGGCGACGUCCGUGCUGGAAAAGUCGGACGAUGCGGUCAAGCUCCACGUCCACCACAGCGACAACCUCCACGAGUACAUUGGCGGUCGCGCUCCGAAAGCCGGGGCCGUGCUCCUGCGCCCGUUCACCUUUCAUAACGAUGUGGUUGUGCCCGCGGGCUGGCAAGUGCUCGAGAUCAACGGCGCCAACAUGCUCGAGCUCUCGCUGAACGAGGUCGUGCACUACCUCCGCUGCAACACGUCGGCCAAGCUCGUCGUCCUCGGCAAAGAAGAUCGACCGAAACUCUCGCUCACGCGGCUGGCAGUCUCAGCUUUAGCUCCAACGUGUGCGUCAUCAUCGUCACCGCUCAGCGCCGCGCCGCCGAGUCCUUCGGCAGCCGAUGUCGACGCCCGCGCACUCCGAGAGACGCUCAUGGACUACGGCCACGUCGCCGUCAACCUCGACAAUGCACAGUGGGUCUGGACACACAUUGAGCUGCUCAUGAACGAAGAAAGGCACUUCUCGGCCGGUCCGCUCAUUGAAAAGCUCGAGCAAUUUCUGGGCGCGCGCAAGGACAACCCGGUGUGUGCAUCGAUUCAAGCACAAGUGGACGCCAAGCAGCCAGCGCUUGCGCUUGUCAAGGAGCGUUGUGCCCAAGGCAUGCACGCGCUGCACGAGUUCAAUGCGGACGCUGACGCUGGCUGGCGGUUUGCCCAGACCUACUUUGGCGUCUCGACCCACUGGAAGCCGGGCGACGACGGCACGAUCUGGCUCAAGCUCGACGGCAUCUGCGAAGGCGUCGACAUCUUCAAUGCACUCGCCGUCGUGCGGGAAACCGACCUCUUCAACCUCUGGGCGCCCUUUUGCAACAAAUCGUCGCUCCUCGCGACGCUCGGCCGCGUCGAAUUGAUCACGUACCUCAGCGUCGCGAUCCCGCUCAUGCAGCGCGACGCUGUGGUCCACGCAUUUGGCAUCAACGCCACGUACGAGCACCGGUGUGUCGUGCUCCUCGGAAAAUCCAUCACCGAGGACCAGAGUCCCGUCAACAACAUUGAAUUUCCGCCCGUAAAAGGCUGGAACGCCGACCGCAUGGAGCUACGGGCGUUCCGCGCGCUCGUCGAGCCCUACGCGCGCAACCGCGGCCGCACCUGCAUCGUCGUCAACGUCCAUCCAAAGUGCCCCGUGCCCAUGUCGCUGCUCAACUUUACCAUCAAAAAGAUGGCCGGCGUCCUCCUCUAUUUGCUCAUGCGCGAAGCCGCCAAGGUCGAAAAGCAUUCGGACGAGCCGGGCACGACCAACCAGCACGUCCUGCGCAUCCAGAACGACCCGUUCUACGCGUGGCUGCGCCUCCGCAUGAACAAGUGGUUUGAGCACUUGGACGCGGGCACGCUCCCGACGCCACUCUUGGUGCGCCCGCGCCUCGACCGCGCGUCCUCCGGGUCGGUCUACGGCACCCGCAUCGAGUCGCAGACCAACCUCAAGUCGGCUCCGACGCGCCGAAAGAGUGGCGUCGACGUUGUGCGUGCAGUGCUGGACCGUGUCUACGACGUGGCCGUCUGGCCGUACGUGCUCCUCGCCCUCGUGUACGGCUAUCUCGUGACGCCGACGACGCCGCUCCUGCAUGCGCACGGGAUGAAGGCUCUCUUGACGUGCGUCUUUGCGUGGUUUGGCGUCUCCGGGUCCUUCUCGUGGCAGGCGCGUGUGAAUGAGCACGUCAUGGCCGAGAUCCAACGGCUUCGGUUCCGUGUCGUGGUCGUCGCGCUCUUCUUCGAGCUCCUCUCGACCGUGAUGGCGUACGUGUGGACGCACCACUUGGCGUGCCGCGUGAGUCCCAGCCACUUGCAGCUCGCUUGCAGCCAGCGGUCGCCACUGGAAGUCCGCGCGACCGAUCACUUUUGGAUGGUCGCCAACUCGUUUCUCGCCGCGAGCUUCACGGUCGGGAUCCAAAUCCUUGUCAAGAUACAUAUUUAA